UCGCUGCUCCCUGCUCCGCGGUCCUUUCCCUGCGCUGAAGAUGAAGUAGGAGUCUGCCUGCAGCCCGUGUGUGAAGGCUGAGUGCUCCCCCCUCACUUCCAGCAGCGGGUACCACAUGCCCGGUCCUGCUAUGAAAACAGCUGAAACUCCAGGCACCAGUGGCAGCUUUUCCAUUCCCAGGUGGGGGUGUGAGAAGGGGUAAGAAGGAGGGAGAAGGACGACGACGCAGAGGAGUGCCCGUCCUGGAAAAGCAGAGGAAAGUUCUCUUGUCCGUCUCCCAGCUGACUUUCUCUCCCUCUCCCUCAGCCUGGACUGGACUGGACGGGCAUCCACCGCAAGCAUCUGGAGGGGGAUUCCUUGCCGCCAGCAGCAGCAGGUUCUGGACGCUGCCAGAGCCCCAGCUCCCACCCACCCGUCCCUUAGCAAUGAACGCUUCGUGCUGCCUGUCUGCUCAGCCAACACUGCCCAACAGCUCAGAGCAGCUCGCGGCGCCCUCCUUCAGCAACCAGAGCAGCAGCGGCUUCUGCGAGCAGGUCUUCAUCAAGCCCCAAGUCUUCCUGGCGCUGGGCAUCGUCAGCCUGCUGGAGAACAUCCUGGUCAUCCUGGCCGUGGUCAGGAACGGCAACCUGCACUCCCCCAUGUACUUCUUCCUCUGCAGCCUGGCGGUGGCCGACAUGCUGGUGAGCGUGUCCAACGCCCUGGAGACCAUCAUGAUCGCCGUCGUCAACAGCAACUACCUGACCUUCGAGGACCAGUUCAUCCAGCACAUGGACAACGUCUUCGACUCCAUGAUCUGCAUCUCCCUGGUGGCCUCCAUCUGCAACCUCCUGGCCAUCGCCGUGGACAGGUACGUCACCAUCUUCUACGCGCUGCGCUACCACAGCAUCAUGACGGUGCGGAAGGCGCUCGCCUGGAUCGCGGCCAUCUGGGUGUGCUGCGGUGUCUGUGGCGUGGUCUUCAUCGUCUACUCCGAGAGCAAGAUGGUCAUCGUGUGCCUCAUCACCAUGUUCUUCGCCAUGCUGCUCCUCAUGGGCACCCUCUACGUGCACAUGUUCCUCUUCGCCCGGCUGCACGUCCAGCGCAUCGCGGCGCUGCCACCUGCCGGGGGGGUGGCCCCGCAGCAGCACUCGUGCCUGAAGGGGGCUGUCACCAUCACCAUCCUGCUGGGGGUCUUCAUCUUCUGCUGGGCCCCCUUCUUCCUCCACCUCAUCCUCAUCAUAACCUGCCCCACCAACCCCUACUGCGUCUGUUACACCGCCCACUUCAACACCUACCUGGUCCUCAUCAUGUGCAACUCCAUCAUCGACCCGCUCAUCUACGCCUUCCGGAGCCUGGAGCUACGUAACACCUUCAGGGAGAUCCUCUGCAGCUGCGACAGCCUGAACCUCGGGUAGGGCGCCGCGGCCACGGAAGUGGGCGACGGCUCCAUCACUGGUGAGCCCCCAACCAGCCAAGGUGUUCAGAAAAAAGAAGAGGGGGUAGGUAAAUCCUUGGAAGACUUAAAAUGUGUCAACAGCCAUGACUGUACAUGUCUUUUGUCUUUGUGCUUGCAAAGCUUUUCAAAGGGGAAAAUGGUACGUAACACGCUUUCUCAAAGGAUUCCAAAGUGGGUAAGUCACUGAUUUCCCAAAGAGGCCCUGGCGGGACUCAGUGAGGGCUCCUCUGGGUGCUGCCUGUAUUCAUUUCCAUGCACCUGGGGUCUGCAAUGCCCACCUGCUCCCUCCAGCGUCCUCCCCGUGUCUCCCUGCCGCAAGUCAGACCAGACGGAAGGACUCUCGUUGACUGUAACAGGGAUUCGAAUGUCUCCCCAGCAAACCUGUCACAGUUCUGGCUGUCACCUGCUCAGAUGGUCUUGUCCUCAUUUCGUAAGAGACUGAGUUUCUAUUCUAUAACUCGAUUUACUGUAAAACAAUUGCCUAAAAAAUACUGAGCUCUGUGUGGAAGAAGCAACGCUAUGUAUGGCCCUCUCCUCAACCCCCAUACCAGCCUCCCCCCGAAAAUGAGCAUGGGGAUGUAACCUAUUUCUAUUUCGGCUGCUGUAGUGCUGUUGUCGGGUUCUUAUGCAUUAAACCUAAGGCAGCUUUCAAAAUUCCAAUGAAAGGCAGAUACAGUGCUUUGGAAAAUCAGCACAUACCUGUGUACAAAGUAUUUUGAUACCUUGCUGUUUAAAGGUAUAAAUUUCCCUCUUUAAAAAAAAAAAGCUUUUUUCCGAUUAUUCCUUUUCUGUCAUUAAAGCAAGAGAGGGAAUCAUGGAUGGGAGGGCACGUGCCUCAAGAAAUGGCUUUACUAUAGUUUCAGAGAGUUUCAGAAACUGUGAAAAUGCCUGUGGUUUUCUCAGAAGCUCUGUUUUUGCUCACAGUAGCCGUGUCUCUAUCACCUGAUCUCCUGAGUUAUCUGUGAAAGAGAAAUUUCUUGGUUCACUGCUCCUUUUUUCUGGCAUGGUGUAAAAGUUGGGGUGACCCAGCUCUCAAUGCCUGUAGCUUAUUAAAGAAAGCAUUUCAUCCCCGUGAGCAUAGGGUGAGCUGUGCUGACUAGGACUGUCUCUGCAUGCUACACGCACCCAUCAGACCCUCUCCUGCCCUGGAGAACUUCAUGCUGUGCUUUCUGGCUGGCCUCACACUGCCCCCCCCCCACACACCCUCCCCAGUGAAUUCUUAU